AUGACCUCAGCCACGCCCCCUUCUUCCCGUAGCUCCUCCCCACAGAAGGUCUGCCACUCCCAGACACAGACAGAUGUUCUAAAGCCACUCCUAGGUGGAGGAGGUGGGGCUUCGACAGAAAACGGACCUGCGGCAUUGAGACGCCGUCGACGGGUGCUAUCUAAAGAUGGGCGGAGCAAUGUACGCAUCGAACACAUCAGCGGUCGAGGGACGCUUUACCUGCGUGACCUGUGGACGACCUUUCUGGACAUGCAGUGGCGUUACAAGCUUUUUCUGUUUUCUGCCACCUUCGCUGGCACCUGGUUUGUUUUUGGAGUGCUGUGGUACUUGGUGGCACUUGUGCAUGGAGAUUUGCUAGAGUUUGACCCUCCGUCCAACCACACGCCGUGUGUGAUGCAGGUCCAAACCCUGACGGGAGCGUUCCUUUUCUCCCUGGAAUCACAAACUACGAUUGGUUAUGGCUUUCGCUGCAUCACUGAGGAAUGUCCUCUUGCUAUCAUUCUGCUUAUUGUCCAACUUGUCAUCACCAUGGUGAUGGAGAUCUUCAUCACUGGAACCUUCCUUGCCAAGGUAGCACGGCCGAAAAAACGUGGUGAGACGGUGAAGUUCAGUCAACAUGCUGUGGUCGCCAAUCAUGAGGGCCGACCUUGUCUUAUGAUCCGUAUCGCUAACAUGCGUAAGAGUCUCCUUUUGGGCUGCCAGGUAACAGGUAAGCUGCUGCAGACUUCACAGACUAAAGAGGGUGAGACAGUGCGUCUGGAACAGAGGAAUGUAGCCUUCCAAGUGGACACAUCCAGUGACAGCCCCUUCCUCAUCUUGCCCCUCACUUUCUACCAUGUGAUUGAUGACAACAGCCCACUGAGGGCCUGGGCUGCCAAAGGUGGCGGGUGGACGGAUCCGGAGCUGGCUGACUUUGAGCUGCUUGUGAUCAUGAGCGCUACCGUGGAGCCGACCUCGGCCACCUGCCAAGUCCGCACCUCCUACCUGCCCGACGAGAUCCUGUGGGGCUACGAGUUUCCUCCCGUCGUCUCCCUCUCCCCCUCCGGAAAGUAUGUAGCUGAUUUU